GGAGGGUAGGCUGCACAACGGCAGGACUUUCUGCAAGAAAGAAGACACUAACAGGUGCCCAGCCUUCGGACUAACACCUUAAACAGCCAUGGACUGGGAGAAAGGGCUGAAUCAGUCCAGAGUGAACUCUUCGGCCCCAGCCUCUGACUCUGCAUCCUCCUUCUCUUCAUCCUGCUGUAAUUCGUCUCACCUCCACUUCCACAAUUCGUUGUUUCCAGUCCCUGCUUUUUCUGGCUUUGACCUGCUGUUCAAUCUGAAACUCCUCUUUAUCCCCCUCUACUCUGCUGUGGUACUGAUUGCCUGCUCUGGGAACCUCCUUCUCCUCUUCCUCAUCUGGUACAAGAAAAAGAGACACAACACAACAAAUUUUCUUAUCAGUAAUUUGGCGCUUGUUGACCUGGUGAUGUGCAUCUUUUGCGUCCCUUUGACAGCCUCCUAUGCCUUUGACAGACGAGGAUGGGUGUUUGGAUACCAUAUGUGCCAUUUUGUUACUGUAAUGCAGUCCACAGCCGUAUACGCAGCAGUUCUUUCCCUCAUGGCCAUUGCAGUGGAUCGUUACAUAGUUGUAGCUUACCCCAUCCGCAAGAGAGCAGGCUGUCAAUUCUGCUGGGGUCUAGUCACCCUGAUCUGGUUGUCCUCCUUGGCGUUAUCCACGCCGACAGCACUUCACACGGUCUACCUGGAUCUGCACACUGCAGGCCUGGAGAUGGCAGUCUGUGAGGAGUUUUGGGAUGGCCAGGAACAAGGCCGACUCAUUUACUCCUGUUUCAUCCUCUUUUUUUCCUACUUUGUUCCACUGGGUGCAGUGUCCAUUUCCUACUGUGCUAUAUCCUACCAGCUGAAGCAGAGGACCACGUCAGGUUUGACAGCAUGUCCCCAGCUGAGAUGUUCUCGGGCCGCUUGGAGUCGACGGCGGAGGAAGACCUUCUGUCUGCUGCUGGUGUCUGUUCUCUGCUUUGCUUUCUCUUGGCUCCCCUUACAGGUGGUGAACCUGAUCCAUGACCUGGACACAGACUUCACCAUACUGGGAAAGACUUACAUAAAUGUCAUCCAGGUAUCUGCUCACCUGCUAGCCAUGAGCUCCGCCUGCUACAACCCCUUCAUUUAUGCUUCACUACACAAUAAAUUCCUGUCCUACCUGUGUCUCAACCCCCGGACUCGAGGGAGAGGAAAAGAAAAGCAUGGAGGUCAGGGGUCAAGCAUCCUGACAACAUCUCAGAGAAUGCCACGUCUCAACACCUUCACCACUGUGGCAGAUUUACCUGCUGUUGUUCUGAAUGACCUUGUUCCAAAAUAAAACUACACCUGAUUUGAGUUUUUUGUCCCAAAAAACAGCUCCACAGACAUCACUAAAAGUAGAUGGGAUUCAGGGUGUUUCAUUUUCUCAUCAGAUUUCAUUUGAAUCUUGUCAGCCUUUAUUCUAUAACAAACAAAUAGUGGAAUAAACAAAUGUAAAGCACAGUCUAAAUAUCAAGAUCCUCAACAUGGGGUGCUGCUCUUUGAAAAAGCCGCUUACGGUGAUAGAUAAUUCAGUAGUGCAAGAAAUUCGUCUGCUUUGGUCAUAAAGAUUUAUUGUGUAAUCAUUUAUUUACUUGAAAUUUUUUUUAAUGUUUAACAGUCUAUUUAUGCUAGUGUUUGUUCAAAUGUCUAAAUGUCUUAUCUUCUAAAAUAGUUUUCAAUUUUUUGUUAACCAUCAAUACUUGUGCACAUUUUAAUGUUUACCUGCGCUGUAAAAAAGUAUUUUCUGAUCAUUAAACAUACUCUGAUAUCAAAGAUAACCCAAAUAAAUACAAAAGGCAGAUUUCAAAUGAAGAUUUUAUUUAUUAGUGUUAAAAAAAAGCCUUUUAAACUUGACUUAACUUUGAUUAACAUUUGUGUUUUUAUUCUGCCAGCCAAAAUCAGGCCUGAUUACUGCCAGACCAGCAGAUUCAAGAAAUCACUUAAAUAGAACCUGUCUGCCAACAUGAAGCAGGCUAAAAGAUUGCAAAAGGAACGCAUAAUGUCCUGAUCUAAGGAACUUUAUGAACAGAUGAGAAACAAAUUCAUUGACAUUUAUCCUUCUGGAAAAGGUUACAAAGCCAUUUCUAAGGGUUUAAGACUCCGAUGAACCACAGUGAGGACGCAUUCACACUGCUGGUCCAGGCCAGGGAUCGGUCAGUUGGCCCGUUUGCUUUCACACUAAAUGUUUUUAGACCAUACCAAACACCAUCAUGCAGUUGCAACAGAUUGUUUCAAGGACAGUAUUGAACGUGAGGAAUAAAAGCAUGAGGAAGAAA